UGGGGGCCUGCCGCCCGGAGGGCGUCGCGGCGCCGUACACGCUGCCGCAAGAGGUUGCAGCAAGGAUUGCGGAGGAGGCGUACAAUCGGGGCAGCGGUGACAACAUAGGAGUGGUGGUGUUGGAUGUCGGCGCCGCAGCCGCCACUGCGGCGCUCGACGCGCCGCGUGCGGCGGCGGCAGGAGGGGUUUCAGACGCAGCGGUUGCAGGGGCGGAGGCAAAAGGCGGGUUGGAUGAGGUCGGCUUUUGCGCAGGUCUUGGCGGCGGCGCCGAGGGGCUGGCCGGGGCGGAUCUGGACGGCUGCGGCGGCGUUGCGGGGAAUGCCUCGGACGACCAAUUGCUCAGGGACGAAGAUGAGGCAGGCGACAGGGAGGGGCAAGAGGGGCAAGAGGAUGAGGGGGAGGGGCAGGAGGAGGAGGAGGAGCAGGGGGAGGAGGAGGAGGGCUUGGGGGAUGAGAGAGGCCCGGGCCGCCUUGAGGGGCAGGCAGGGGCCGGCGGGCUGCAGCGGCUGCUUGAUGCUGAUCUGGGCGCGGCGGCGCUAGCGCUGGCGGAGGCAGAGGCUGGUGGCGCGGGGCGCCCGGCGCAGCCGCACGGCGCGUGCGUGCUGCUGCAGCACACAGCGGGCGCAAGCGGCGGCGGGGGCGCCGGCGCCGGCGACGCGGCUUCUCUCUGGCCGGCCGGGGAGUCACUCGUCCCUGCAGCCGCCGCGGCCGCCGACGCGCCGCUUGGCGCGGGCGCCGGCCCCGGCGCCGCGCUGCAGGUCACGGGGGCGCCGGCAGCGGCGGCGGUUGUGCCUGGCCUGGGCAGCGGCACGGCGGUUGUGUGCCGCGGGUCUGACCACCAAUAUGUGCUGACUGUACACCUGGCUGACGCGCCGGCGCUGCCGUCGCACGUCCACGUGUGGCCGCUGGCAGAGGGACCCGCAGGCAUUGUCGG